AUCACCACCACUACUGCGAGCACCCAGCGCAGCAACAAGAUAGGAGCGCGUACCGUAUUCGGGGAAAGAGCCGUGACUCUAAUUGGUUCGAGUGCAAGAUUCCUACCGAGAGGAACCACCACCACCACCGACGCGUCCGAUUCCACUAAAGCGAGGAAACCACGUACAAUAGUUUCCACGAUGAGCGGACAGCAGAUUGUUUCAGCAGAGGCGGGUUCCAAAGUAGAUCCCUCCUCCGCGGAAUGGCCGACCGACCCCUCUCUGUUCGAGCUGACAACGAAGAUCGGCCAGGGAGCCUUUGCGACCGUUUGGAGGGCCCGCACCACCGUUGUCUCCUCCGUGAACGCCGGGGUUUCCAUUAGCAAUGCCAAUGCCAAUGGCAGCAGCGAAAGCGACAACGACACAUCGCUACCGCCAUCGAACCAACAGCAGCAGCAGCAGCAACAACAACAACAAACCGCCACCGUCGAUUGUGCAAUCAAGAUUCUGAACCUCGACCACGUCGACUCGAACCUCUCCGAGAUCCGCCUCGAGGUCCAGUCCAUGCGGUUGUCCAGCCACCCCAACGUUCUGUCGUGCUUUGCCGCCUUUGUCCGGUCGACCGAUCUGUGGCUCGUCACGCAGCUGAUGCGGAAGGGGUCUUCCCUCCACUGCCUCCAGGGGGCCCGGAGGAUCGCCGCCGCCCGCAAGAGGAGGGAGGCGGCGGCCGCCCAAACGGAACCUUCGACAGAGGUCCCGCUCCCCAUGGAGCACCACAUUCUCUACAUCAUGCACGAGACGCUUCUGGGGCUGCAGUACAUCCACGAGCACAACGGACAGAUCCACAGGGACAUCAAGGCCGGAAACAUACUGAUCGACCACAACGGCGACGUCCGGAUAGCGGAUUUCGGCGUCAGCGGCUGGCUCGUCAAUGCGGGGACCCAGCAAGAAAARGCAAAGACUUUUGUCGGAACCCCGUGCUGGAUGGUACGUAUCGCACCGCACCGCAUCGCAUCGCAUUGUCUCGCAUUGCCUGGUUUCAUCCGUGUUGCCCGUGUGCGAUGUUUGCGCCUGCCGCSUGCUGCUCCUCGAUAUCAGCAGUGCUAUUGUCGUUCUUGACGUUGAUGGCKGGCCGUGUUUGGUCGACCUCUACCUUCCACUAUCUCGUUCAAUCUCUUAUCACGCGGCGUUCCCGAUUUUAACUCGUUUUCAUUCCUCCCUUUUAUUCUUCCUUCCGUGCCAUUCCAUUCCACGCCACGCAGGCGCCCGAGGUCAUGGAGCAAAUCAAUGGAUACGACUACAAGGCCGAUAUAUGGUCCCUGGGCAUUACCGCCAUGGAAUUGGCAAAGGGAUAUGCCCCAUACGCUAAAUUUCCACCCAUGAAAGUAUUGAUACUCACCAUCCAGGAAGAUCCCCCCAGCCUAGAUACGUACGACGAGGAAGACGGAGACGUCUCAGAGGAAUGGCUGGAAUCCUACGAUGACGAAGAGUUUUCGAAAUCCUUCCGGUCCUUUGUCGAUUCGUGCCUGCAAAAGAAYCCCGUGAAACGCCCGGCGACCUCCGAUCUGCUGGACUCCAAGCCACUGUCCGGCUACAAAGACCCGGUGUACCGGGAAAGGCGGAAAGCCGCAUUCRUGGAGGAGGUGUGCAACCUGGUCAGAGACGUCGGGAGCAUUGCCGGGACCGCCGCUGCCGAAUCGAACGCGGCGAGGGCGGAGGGACCCGACGCCAGCUCCUCCGACCGGGAAAACAUGCCCGGUUGCUCCCCCGUCUCCAUAUUCUUGUCGAAGGAAGAAAGCAACCGACCCGCAGGGACGACCUGGGUCUUUGCCGAUGGAUCGCAGGUUUUGUCGUCUUCGCUCACGAACGAUCUGUCCGUGGACGACGUCCUGGACGAAAUCGAUCAGUUCGGACUCCAAACGGGUGGCGAACACUACAGCCGGGGAGACGAUCAUUCGCUACAGCAGCAGCAACGACAACAACAGCAGAACGAGGCGGCUGCCAUCGAAGCCCAAACAACGCCGGAAGAAGACGAGGGAGACGAUCUGAAUGCAUUUAUGGAUGAAUUCGAGAUGAAUACACAAGGAGAAAAUUUCAGGCGACCCUCCAGGCAGGUGGAGUGAAUGACGCGACGAGUUAUAGAGUGAGGCAGGGGUUUGUAGUGUAGUUUCUAUUCAAUACCCGACACCACUAUUGAUCUAAUAAAUGCUUUUGGCUCAGUCGAGUUCAUAGUCUUAGCUAAAGGAUGAAAUGUUCACCGAAGAGCAUUGCGUUUUGUGUUUGUUUCGACUCGUUCUCUCAAGUUUUGAAAAAAAUAUGGUUUCAUUCAAAAAUUUAGGGGAGGGUUGAUUUUUCUCUUUCCUAUCUUUUCCCCCCCCGUAAUAAAUCCUAGGACACGUUAGACUAGUAAUAAACCGUGCGUGCGUGUCAUGCGUCAUUUGCCUUUACUGUAAAUUCUCCUGUUUUUCUGUUUUUCCUAAACACUUCUGUUUCCAAACUGAAGUAGAAAAAAAAAAACAGGUGAUGCCACUCCUCGUUCAACAAUCUUCGGGRGGUGAACCAUUUUGUUCGUACAGUACCGUUGAGAAGACAUCACGUUGCAAAGAUCUAUCUUUCACCGAUGAAAGAGUAUCCACAUUUCCUACAGCAAGACUAGUCUGAUGUGACUGCCGUUUGUUGGUUUCCCGACAUGAAAAAAGCCCGGACAUGGAGUUUGCUCCUCCUCUGGAGCAUUGCACAGGACAAAGCAGAUUCGUUCCUUCCCAACAGAAACACUGUCCCCGUUCUCGACUCUCUUUUAUGGCCAAAACAUUCUAGUCGUAACGUAGAAUUUCGAUUGUUUUUUUCGAGCACCAACAAUUCACCAUCCCAGGACGGUGUUCGAGAUGCUAAACAGUCCAGCAUCAGAGGGAACGCCCAAGUCGAAGAAACCUAUGGCAGCACAAAGAACACCGCGAAUAGCAACAAAUAUCUCGGCAGUGGAAAAAGUGGCAAUACUGGAAUGAAUGGAAAGAGAAAGAAUCGAUCAGCACAAGCACCAACUUCGAAGGGCAACAGCUUUCCCCGAAACGAGCGGUGGUUGGAAGAUGCUACAGCAGAAACCCUAGACCUUUCGGUGAUGCCGCUGGGGCAUCUUACGGAAGACGAUGUUGUAUCCAUCACUAGUCUUAUGAUCGAGUGGUCGCGUAGAAAGUCGCUUGAGGCAGCAAUGAUGGUGGAAACGCUGUUGAAACGAAUAGUGGACGAUUUGCGUGCGGGGAAUCGAGACAUUUAUGUGUCAACAAAGAUUUACACAGUGGCGAUAGAGGCAUGGGGAAAGUCGGACGAGGCCGCCGGGGCCGAACGAGCCCAGAGCAUUCACGAUGCCAUGAUACAAACCUACAGAAAAACCAGGGAUGGGCGAAUCAAGCCUACAACAAAGAGCUUCAACGCGCUGAUGCUCGCUUGGGCCAAGAGCAAGAACACCAAUUCGAUUUCGAGUGCAGAGAAAAUCCUUCGAGUCAUGUUGACCGAAUCCGACGGCGCGAGUGUGGUUCGACCAGAUGCUGUGACAUUUGCCAUUAUGCUAGAUUUAUAUGCGCGGAACAAUAGCGAACAAUCGAUAACAAAAGCCGAGACAUUGGCCAAUUCCAUGAACGGCCUCCAAGUCAAGAAAACGAAUGCUGUGUACUCGGCCCUCCAGGAUGUUUACGUAAGAUCUGGUCGAAAAGAUGCCCCUAAAAUGACCAUGGCUGUGCUGCAAGACAUGCUCAAUGCCUACUCCAAAGGAGAAGAACGUGCUCGGCCGAAUAUUGGAAAUUAUAACAAUGUGCUAAGCGCAUACAGCCGCACGCCAUCGAAGCAUUCUGCGUUGCGGGCUGUUGAGAUGGUGAAUCGAAUCGAAGAACCAUUAGAAGGUGGCUACGAUGUUGAUCCGGAUCGCCUGACAUACUUCCUCGCAAUAUUAGCGUGUUCACGAUGYCCAAAUUCAACCUUUGGUGCAAACAAAGCGGAGCCGCUUCUCGAACGAAUGGAAGGAAAAUCGAAGGACGAGGCGAAACGACGCGAAGAGUUGUCCAUUGCCGCUCCUCCAUUGGUUAGUUUAGACAUUGAAUGCUUCAAUGUGGUUCURACUUGUUUAUCGAAGAGUCGAGACCCAAACGCAGUCGAAAGAAUAUUUAAUAUCAUUUCCCGAAUGGAAGAAUACGCCGAUGAAGGACAGGAACACCUUAGACCGAGCACCCGAAGUUUUAACGCUGCCUUGAACGCUUUAUCGUAUAWAAAAACUCAGGAUGCUGCAAAACGAGCCGAAGAAACAUUGGAAAGAAUGUUUCAGUUGCACGCGGGGGGAGCAUCAUCAAAACCCGACACGUUCAGUUACACAGCAAUUCUACGAUGUUAUCAGAGGUUGGCGACACCCGAAGCAGCUCAAAGAGGAAACGACAUCCUCUCACGCAUGGAAGAGCUAUACGAAAGGCAAAUUCUAGAGGAKCCACCAGAUACUUACCACUACACAAUCGUCUGUUCUACGUGGUCUUUAUCAAGAUCGAAGCACGCACCUCAGAAGUGUUUGAAACUUCUUUCCCGAAUGAAAGAAAAGGACAGAGAGGGAUGGCCAAGAGUCAAACCAAACACGAGAACAUACAAUGCUCUACUAGGUGAGUUUCAGUCCAUUUGAACGAUUCYGAAGUGUAAGAUGUUAAUCGAGCUUGACCUUAUUUARCAAACAUGAUUCUUGUCUUGUCAGAUUGCCUCUCCAGAUCACACCAAGCAACCAGGGCAGAGGAACUACUUUAUCAUAUGCUUUCACUGGCAAAAAGUGGAGACACCGAAGCGAGACCAGAUCCAUUUUCAUUCAACGCCGUAAUCAAUGCCUUCUUAUAUAGUAAAGUUCGAGAUGCAGGUAGAAGAGCAGAAUCGGUUCUGGAACGAGCGUUGGAAUAUGCAGAAGAAGAUGGCGGGAAAAUGCCAGAAAUCAAGUCCUUUACUUCCAUCCUUGGUUUUUACAGUCGACAAAGGACAAUGGAUUCUCCAUACAGAGCUCGRUAUUUAUUGAACAGACUUCUUUCUUURUWUAAAGCUGGACACCAUCACUUGUCACCACAUGUGAGUUGUUUCACGAACGUCAUGGAAUCAUACGCUUCGCAACGCCAUCGUGAAGCUGGAGAAUGCUCGGAAGAAAUAUUACGGAACAUGAUCAGUUUGCAAAAGAAUCAUAAUGCUAGUCACCUGGUGRUUAACACGGGCGUCAUGAAUUGUGUCUUGAAUUCAUGGGCAGAGAGUAUCGGAAAUGACGAUGCGGGGAACAGAGCUGAAAUGAUUCUUGAUUUGAUGGAAAGAAAGAGUGCUGCAGGCGACACCAGCAUGGUUCCUAACCAUCGAUCCUAUAAUAUGGUCAUCAAAACAUGGUCAAAAUCAAAUGCAUCGAAUAAGGCUGAACGGGCUCUAGCAAUUUUGGAACGCWCUAGAARGCGCCACUCCCAACAGAAACUUCACGAUCCUCCAACAGAAUACACACAUUCUCUUGUGAUUCAAGCCUGUGCCUUUUCUCGAAAUAUUGAUCCAAAAGUUGAGAUGGUAGCCUUUGAAAUCGCACUCGAUGUCAUGGAUGAGCUCAUAAGCGACGUCCCWGUUGGUCGUGCGGAGCCUUCUUCAGCGACGUAUGCUUGGUUCUUCCAAGUGUGUUCUCGUUUGCAAAUACCCGACUCAUCAAAGAACGAAGCUGUGAAACGCAUAUUUUUUCGGUGCUGUGAAAAAGGCCGAGUCAAUGAAUUUGUUCUCCAAAGCGUCAAGGACGCGAGUUCCGAUGCUCUAUUUUCUGAACUCAUAGCAGAGUGUGWGGAAAUGAUGGAAGUCUCUGGCGACCCCGGCUUGAAAGAAAUGAUUAUUCAGUUCUCACAGUCACYCGAAAAAAGGGUUGCUGAAGAUUUUCCGUCCGGAACAAACAGAAAAAGAAAGCUCAAGCGUAAUUAGUUUGUAGUAGUAACUUUCAGGGAAAURCCUCGUAAUUUAAAAAAAUGCGUGCACGAAAGCACUGAAAUUUCGAUGGUGAGGCGUACGGCCUCAAAAAUGUUUGCUMUUGUCUUUAGACCAUACAGUUUCAGGCAGUUUUCAUGAUAUCGCCAUGCCUCUGCUACAGAAGGCGUGAGUGUCUCGGAUCAAACACUGUUUGUUUUUCCAUAAGURCGUUGCUGCAGUUCCGUCCAAAAGUUUGGCCUGGACUGGUCGUCCCGUACAUUCCUUUCUYCGUCGURACAAAGAGAUAUUUCUGUGAUUCUUACAGUAUUUUCAUUCUUAAGCGCUGCAAUUGCGUAAUAAACAUUCGCACGGAAU